CUUUGUUUGGGCCAUAGCCAGCACUGGUUUUACGGAAGCAUAAAGCAAACAACUCCUGAUCCAAAUCAGAGAAGUACAUUCAAACCUGCCUCUUGAUGAUUCAUGCAGACACUCCAGUGGUGCACAUAUUUGAAGGUGAGCUACUUUUAAUAGCGUUAUUGUAGACGUGUUGGAAUUCUCUUUGAGUGUUUCACGGGACCAGAGAGGGACCUUGGAAGAGAAAGUGAUGGCUGUUGGUAACAGAGGAACUCUUCAAACUGCAUUUAUUGGGUGUGUGUUGGUGGCCUGUGUAUUAUUAUCAUACACAUAUUAUGAAUAUCAUCAUCAUACAAUCCAUAAUGUUCUAAAAGAAGUCUUCAAACAACGUAGUCCAAUGCCUCCACAAACAAAGAGAUUGCUGCCACCGAGACAUCUUCCCCCACCUGGUCCAUGCACAUGUGCCAAAUCUGCAAUAAUCCUUAAAAACUCUCUGUUUGAUGCUGAGUCUGAGGAGGUGGAGCAACGCCGACAUAAGGAGUUCCAACAACACAAAGCCAGGACUGAGUCAGUGUUAUCCACACGGCUGUAUGCUCCGUCUAACUCUCCCCUGCAGUACCCUAUCCAGGGUUUCAAAGUACGACCUAUGACCUCAACUUUCAUCCCAGGUCUAGCACUGCAUGCACAACAAAGAAGCACCUACACGGUCUUUUUGGAAGUGUCCAAAGGAGUCCUGAAAACAGUGAUUCCAGCUGGAGGAGCACAGGUCCAUGGUAAUGGUGAGAGCCGACUGAUGAUGGAGUCCAGCAGCCUGGAGACCCUCAAUGAGCUGCUGGCUGAUGUGACCUAUACCAGCACUGUUUACCACAUACACACCGGAGACCUCGCAUCCUUCCAGUUUGAGGACCAUGAAGGUGUGUUUCCCAUUACCAUCAAACAGCCUCAACCUCCAGUCCUGUACGACAUGGGAACAGAUAUCAACUCUCAAGUCACCAUCACCACAAAGACGUUCCUGCGCUACCCAGAACUCAAUCGGUUGUUGAAAAGCAUCCGGCAGUUCUAUAAAGACAUAGAAGUCAUCAUCGCAGAUGACAGCUUUGUAACAGAGAAAAUUACUGGUGGAGAUCAUACCAAACAUUUCAUCAUGCCUCCAGCACAGGGCUGGUUUGCUGGCAGGAACCUGGCGGUCUCCCAGGUCACCACCAAGUACUUCCUGUGGGUGGACGAUGACUUCCAGUUUACCAAGUGGACGAAUAUCGAAGAGAUGGUGAGAGUGAUGGAGGCGAACCCUGAACUUGACGUGCUUGGUGGGAAAGUAAAACAAAGUCAGUUUGACUUCUCUCUCCGCUAUGAGGAAGGAGACGAAAUGGAAGGUGGCUGCUUGAACAGGACGUUUAAAAGCAGGUUCCACUCUCUUCCUGGUUACCCACAAUGCUCAGUGGUCAGUGGGGUGAUCAACUUCUUCCUAGCUCGUACAGAUGCUGCAAAGAGGGUGAGAUUCGACCCUAAGCUCAAGAGGGUAGCACACUCAGAGUUCUUCAUCGAUGGCCUGGGCUCCUUAAUGGUGGCAACAUGUGGCCAUGUGUCCAUUGGCCAUCAGGGCAAUAAGAAACAAAAGACGAACUACAGCAGGUUCAGGCACCCUGGGAAGGCUGAUCUAAACUCAAAGCUUCGUCAUCUAUUCUUCAAAAACAACAUGAAGUGUCUAAAUUAACAAUAGAAGACCACUAGAGAAUAAUGUAUGGAGCAGGGAUGGGCAACUUGGAUGGUGGUGGGGGCCACAUAA